CGUUGGGCGGGCUCCAUGGCACCGUCCCGGGCCCCGCGGCCCCAGGCCCGGCUGCUCCGAACCUAUGGCGGCCUGGGCGGCGGACGGCGGCGGGGCUCUGGGCGCGGGGCGCGGGCCCGGGUGGUGGCCGCACCCUGGUUCCCCGCCCGCGAGCGCCGGCGCCUCUUCUCCAGCAGCAGCAGCGGCCUGAGCGCCGGCAGCCCCAGCAUUGGGCUCCGCAGCGGCAGCAGCAGCCCCGCCUCGGCUCCGGACUCCGACCCCGACUUCGAGCCGGACCCCACGCGCGGCUCCCCGGGGACAGCUCCGCGGGGGCGGCGGCGGCUGCGGGCAGAUGGGCCCCCCGCGUGGGUGGACGCGACCCCAGUGCGGCCCCAGGUACCUGGUGGGGACCUGGAAGAGGAGGAGGACGAGGAGGAGGCGGCUAAGGAGAACCGGCCGCACCGUCACGUGACCGAGCGGUCCUGGAGGCUCCGGGCGCGGGGCCAGAGGCCUGGGCCCCCCCUCUGCAGCACCCCGGGGCCGCCCUCAGAGCCGCCUCCACCCCCCAGCCCCCACACGCCCGCGGGAGGCCGCAACGGCCUGUCCCGGAGCAUCCUGGCCGGCCUCAGUCCUGUUGGCAACCCGAGUCCUGGCCCCGCCUGCAAGCUGAGCCCGGCCCCGGGGCCCCUGCCAGAACCUGAGCCCGCCCCUGGGGACAGCAUGGCCACCAGCAGGUCCCUCUUCAGCCCUGUCCCAGAGCCCCCCGAGGAACCCCGCAGGAGACCCCGCCUGAGAGCCCGCAAGGGAGCCCACAAGAAGGCGGCCAAGCCGGCCCUGGCCACCCCCGCCCUUCCCCAGAGCACUGCCCGGAAGGCGUGCAUCAGCGGCCUCAGCUGCGCCCGCUGGAAGAAGACUCAGCCCUCCCAGGCGGGGCCCCGAAGCGAGGCCAGCCAGCCCCCGGGCCAGAACGCUGGCGUCAGGGGCUGGGCCCAGAGGCGGGCCUCCCUCUCCUUUCACAAGAAGAAGAUGGUGGCGGAGCUGCAGCCCCCGGGCUCCCCCGUGGGCUCCCUGCUCCUAGACUCCUUCGGGACCCCCGGCGUCACCCCCUGGCAGACCUCCUCCAUGUACAUGCUGACCCCCAACAAGUCCCUGCCCGUGGCCGAGUUGAUGCUGUCCGACGCGGAGAAGGUGUACCGCGAGUGCCAGCAGGAAGGGCCGCUGGCCUUUGGCCACUACCUGUCCCCGGACCGAAUCAAAAGCUGCGAAAAGAUUGGGGAGGGCGUGUUUGGGGAGGUGUUCCGCACAGUUGUGGAGAACCGCCUAACGGCCUUGAAAGUCAUCGCCAUCGAGGGCCAGGAGCUGGUGAAUGGAAGCCCGCAGAAAACCUUCGGGGAGAUCCUGCCCGAGAUCAUCAUCUCCAAGGAGCUGAGCCUCCUGUCCGAAGAAGCCCCCAACCGCACCGAGGGCUUCAUCGGCCUGUUCGCGGCCCGCUGCGUGCAGGGCCCCUACCCCGAGGCGCUGCUCCAGGCCUGGGACUCCUUCCGCAGCCGCCGGGGCUCCGAGAACCAGCGGCCGGACUUCUUUGGGCCGGGCCAGCUGUACGUGGUGCUGGAGUUUGAGUUCGGGGGCGUGGACCUGGAGCACAUGAGGAAGCAGCUGUCCUCCGUGGCAGCCGCCAAGAGCCUGCUGCACCAGGUCACGGCGGCGCUGGCCGUGGCCGAGGCCGCGCUGCACUUCGAGCAUCGGGACCUGCACUGGGGCAACGUCCUGGUGAAGAGGACCAGCGCCAAGGAGCUGGGCUACACGCUCAACGGGCAGGCGGGCACCAUCGCCACCCACGGCAUCCACGUCAACAUCAUCGACUACACGCUGUCCCGCCUGGAGAAGGACGGGCUGGUGGUGUUCUGCGACCUCUCCCAGGAGCGGGAGCUCUUCCAGGGCCAGGGGGACUACCAGUUCGAGAUGUACCGGCUCAUGAAGAAGCGGACUCGCAAUCGCUGGGCCCAGUACCAGCCCUACAGCAACGUGCUCUGGCUGCACUACCUGGCCGACAAGGUCCUGAAGGAGAUGGUCUUCAAGAAGAAGGUCAGCACGGCGCCCAUGCGCCUGGUGAGGCAGCAGAUCCAGGCCUUCUACGAGUCGGCGCUGGCCUUCGGCUCGGCCACCGAGCUGCUGCAGAGCCACAGCCUGUUCCGGUGACCCCGGCACUGGUCCCGGGAUAGUUUUCUGAGCCAGGAAACUGUCAGAGUAUAACUGUCUCUGCAAGGCACUUGCUAGGUGCAGUUUUCAGGUCGCCCCAAACUGAAAACUCUAAAGUCUUUGAGGGAUCCAUUCCAUAAAUGAAUAUUUCCUGUG